AUGUCGCAACCUAUCCCGCAACCUCCAGGCGUGCCUGUGCUGGGUAACAUUUUCGAUAUCACUCCAAGCAAUACAUGGGCAUCGCUGAAGAAGCUCUCUGAACAGUAUGGAGAGAUUUUCCAAGUCAAAAUUCUCGGCCACGGAAUCGUGUUUGUAGGCAGCGUUGCGCUCGCCGAGGAAUUAUGCGACCAAACACGAUUUCGAAAGUUUGUCGGAGGACCGAUUGUCGAAAUUCGGGCGGCUGUACAUGAUGCUCUCUUCACGGCAUUCGACAAUGAACCAAAUUGGGGGAUCGCUCAUCGUAUCAUUGCACCACAUCUCUCCCCCGAGGCUCUCAGGCAACAGAGCUUUGUAGAGAUGCGCGACACAGCGAAUGAACUGUUUGCAAAAUGGAACAAAGUUGGCUCGAACAAUACCUUCUCACCACUCGAUGACCUUCAAAGACUGAACCUUGAAGCCACCACGUUGACACUGUUUGGUCAAAAGCUGAAUUGCUUAGAAGGGCCAGAGCACCCUAUGCUUAAAGCAAUGGAGGAUUCGACAGCCGAGGCCAUCAUGCGGCCCACCAGACCGUCGGUGUUGAACUCGCUUCUAUACAGAGGCAAGUUCAAGAGCGCCAUCAAGACUAUGCGCAAGUACGCAGCCGAAGUCGUACAGUAUCGGAAGAACAACCCCACCGAUCGUCAGGAUGUUCUCACAGCAAUGUUGAAUAAUGAAGACCCCGAGACGAAAAAGAAGUUGACGGACUCUCAGGUCAUCGACGAGAUUGUCUCCAUGCCCAUUGGAAGCAGUACUGCUCCAUGCCUGCUCGCCACCGCCAUCUUUCUGCUGCUGAAAAACCCCGAUGUGAUCACCAACGCAAGACGAGAAAUCGACACCGUCGUUGGGGCGGGCGACAUUUCAAUCGAGCAGCUCGAUGAGCUGAAGUACGUGCAAGGCAUCGUUCGUGAAUCGCUGCGACUGUCUUUCGCUGCUCCUGGCUUCAACAUCGAGCCUAUUCCCAGCGACUCUAAGGCGCCGAUCCAGCUGGCCGGCGGGAAAUAUCAGGUCCCCCAUAAUCAGGCUAUGAUUAUUGUCAUGGCCGGCGUCAACCGCGACCCGAAUGUCUUUGAGGAACCUCUGGCUUUUAAGCCGGAGCGCAUGAUGGGCGAGCAAUUUGACAGUCUGCCCGAGGGUGCUAAGAAGUGGUUUGGGAACGGGAAGAGAGAGUGUAUUGGAAAGCACUAUGCCUGGCAGUGGAGCUUGCUUGUUUUGGCUAUGAUGCUGCAGAAGUUGGAUUUUGAGAUGGCUGAUCCUGGCUACAAGUUGGAGCAGGAUGGGUGGUUCAACUAUAGGCCGGUUGGGUUUAAGACAAAGGUUAAGCCAAGGGUGUGA